CCUGAGCAGAUCCCAGCCGGCUGGCCCGACUGGCCUUCGUCGUCCCCGGGCGCCGUGGGAGAGUCGCUGACGAGUGAACAGAACGACCGCCUGAGGACAGCCGGCCAGGGCAGCGAAAGCGCCGGUCCUAUGGCGCGGGUGGCGUGAGGCGGAAGGCCGAGUGCGGCCGGCGGCGGCGCCCACCCCAGCGAUGCGGGCCCCGCCCGUCGCCUCAGGUGCCAUUCGGAUAGUCCUUUAGCGGCACGAUGUACUCUGAGUGGAGGUCGCUGCAUUUGGUGAUUCAGAAUGAUCAGGGCCACACCAGUGUGCUGCACAGCUAUCCAGAGAGUGUUGGGCGAGAGGUGGCAAAUGCGGUGGUUCAUCCUCUUGGGCAGGCCUUAGGUGCCCCUUCAGUGGCUGGGAGUGAGAGUUUGUUAAAAACUGACAAAGAAGUAAAAUGGACCAUGGAAGUAAUUUGCUAUGGACUGACCCUUCCAUUGGAUGGAGAGACUGUAAAAUAUUGUGUUGAUGUAUAUACCGACUGGAUUAUGGCUUUAGUGUUACCGAAAGAUUCUAUUCCUUUGCCAGUUAUUAAAGAGCCUAAUCUAUAUGUUCAAAGUAUACUAAAACACCUGCAAAAUCUUUUUGUACCAAGACAGGAACAGGGCUCCAGUCAGAUCCGACUAUGCUUACAGGUCCUAAGAGCCAUUCAAAAACUGGCCCGUGAAUCAUCCAUUAUGGCCCGAGAAACCUGGGAAGUCUUACUGUUGUUUCUUCUGCAGAUUAAUGACAUACUUCUAGCGCCACCAACUGUUCAAGGUGGCAUUGCUGAGAAUCUAGCAGAGAAGUUGAUUGGUGUUCUCUUUGAGGUUUGGUUACUAGCAUGUACGCGGUGCUUCCCAACACCUCCUUACUGGAAAACAGCCAAGGAGAUGGUGGCUAACUGGAGGCACCACCCAGCAGUGGUGGAGCAGUGGAGCAAGGUCAUCUGUGCGCUCACUUCAAGAUUGCUACGCUUUACAUAUGGUCCUUCAUUUCCUCCAUUUAAAGUUCCCGAUGAAGAUGCCAGUCUGAUCCCUCCUGAAAUGGAUAACGAGUGUGUUGCACAGACAUGGUUUCGCUUUUUACAUAUGUUAAGUAAUCCCGUGGAUUUGAGUAAUCCAGCCAUUAUAAGCUCUACUCCCAAAUUUCAGGAACAGUUCUUAAAUGUGAGCGGAAUGCCACAAGAAUUGAAUCAGUAUCCCUGCCUUAAACAUCUGCCUCAAAUAUUUUUUCGUGCCAUGCGUGGAAUCAGCUGUCUGGUGGAUGCAUUCUUAGGCAUUUCUAGACCCCGAUCAGACAGUGCUCCUCCAACACCCGUGAACAGACUGAGCAUGCCUCAGAGCACUGCUGUCAAUACCACCCCGCCACAUAACCGGCGGCACCGGGCUGUUACUGUGAAUAAGGCCACCAUGAAGACAAGCACAGUUAGUACUGCUCACGCCUCGAAAGUUCAGCAUCAGACAUCCUCCACCUCUCCUCUGUCAAGUCCAAAUCAGACUAGUUCAGAACCCCGGCCACUGCCUGCCCCCCGGAGACCAAAGGUUAACAGCAUCUUGAAUCUCUUUGGAUCAUGGUUAUUUGAUGCAGCAUUUGUUCACUGUAAACUUCAUAAUGGGAUAAACAGAGACAGCAGCAUGACUGCCAUUACAACACAAGCUAGCAUGGAGUUUCGACGGAAAGGGUCACAAAUGUCCACAGACACCAUGGUUUCCAAUCCUAUGUUUGAUGCAAGUGAAUUUCCCGAUAACUAUGAAGCAGGAAGAGCUGAGGCUUGUGGGACACUGUGUAGGAUUUUUUGUAGCAAGAAGACUGGAGAAGAGAUUCUGCCAGCUUAUUUAUCCAGAUUUUACAUGCUUUUAAUUCAAGGUUUGCAGAUAAAUGAUUAUGUGUGCCAUCCUGUCUUGGCCAGCGUUAUUCUAAACUCCCCUCCUUUGUUCUGCUGUGACUUGAAAGGGAUUGAUGUUGUGGUUCCUUACUUUAUUUCAGCUCUUGAAACCAUUUUGCCUGACAGAGAACUUUCAAAAUUCAAAAGCUAUGUAAAUCCAACAGAACUGAGACGAUCUUCCAUUAAUAUCCUGCUUUCUUUGUUGCCCCUCCCACAUCACUUUGGCACAGUCAAGUCUGAGGUAGUCCUGGAAGGAAAGUUUAGUAAUGAUGACAGCUCUUCUUAUGAUAAACCAAUAACUUUUUUGUCACUGAAGUUGAGACUUGUGAAUAUACUAAUAGGUGCCUUGCAAACGGAAACGGACCCCAACAACACUCAAAUGAUACUAGGGGCAAUGUUAAAUAUUGUUCAAGAUUCAGCACUUUUAGAAGCCAUUGGUUGCCAAAUGGAGAUGGGUGGUGGAGAAAAUAACUUCAAGAGUCAUAGUCGCACAAAUAGUGGUAUUAGUUCAGCAAGUGGUGGAAGCACAGAACCCACAACUCCUGACAGUGAAAGACCUGCUCAGGCUCUCCUGAGAGAUUAUGCUCUUAAUACAGAUUCAGCUGCUGGGCUCCUGAUUCGCAGCAUUCAUCUCGUCACCCAAAGACUCAACUCCCAGUGGCGGCAAGACAUGAGCAUAUCACUGGCAGCUCUGGAGCUCCUCUCUGGACUGGCAAAGGUGAAGGUGAUGGUUGACUCUGGAGACCGGAAGCGAGCCAUCAGUUCUGUGUGCAGCUACAUUGUAUACCAGUGUAGUCGGCCAGCUCCUCUUCACUCCCGGGACCUGCACUCCAUGAUAGUGGCAGCUUUUCAAUGUCUCUGUGUCUGGCUGACAGAGCACCCUGACAUGCUUGAUGAAAAGGAUUGUCUUAAGGAAGUGCUGGAAAUUGUGGAACUGGGUAUUUCAGGAAGCAAGUCCAAGAACAGUGAGCAAGAGGUCAAGUACAAAGGUGAUAAGGAGCCAAACCCUGCCUCCAUGAGGGUCAAGGAUGCUGCUGAAGCCACCCUAACAUGUAUUAUGCAGUUGCUUGGCGCAUUUCCUUCACCCAGUGGUCCUGCCUCUCCUUGUAGUCUGGUGAAUGAGACCACUUUGAUCAAAUACUCCAGACUGCCAACCAUAAACAAACAUAGUUUCCGGUACUUUGUCUUGGAUAACAGUGUCAUCCUGGCAAUGCUGGAGCAACCUCUUGGAAAUGAACAGAAUGAUUUUUUCCCCUCUGUCACUGUGCUCGUCCGGGGAAUGUCUGGAAGACUUGCUUGGGCACAACAACUUUGCCUUUUACCCAGAGGAGCAAAAGCAAAUCAGAAGCUUUUUGUGCCUGAACCUCGUCCAGUUCCUAAAAAUGAUGUUGGAUUUAAAUAUACUGUGAAACAUCGACCAUUUCCUGAAGAGGUGGAUAAGAUUCCUUUUGUGAAAGCAGAUCUGAGCAUUCCAGAUUUGCAUGAAAUCGUCACGGAAGAAUUAGAAGAGAGACAUGAAAAAUUAAGGAAUGGCAUGGCCCAGCAGAUCGCUUAUGAAAUACACCUUGAGCAACAAAGUGAGGAGGAAUUGCAGAAGAGAAGUUUUCCUGAUCCAGUUACAGAUUGUAAGCCCCCACCUCCUGCCCAGGAAUUCCAAACAGCACGUCUUUUCCUUUCACACUUCGGAUUUUUGUCUUUAGAAGCAUUGAAGGAACCUGCAAACAGUCGUCUACCUCCUCACCUUAUUGCACUUGACUCCACGAUACCUGGAUUUUUUGAUGACAUUGGGUAUCUGGAUCUCUUGCCAUGUCGUCCCUUUGACACAGUUUUUAUUUUCUAUAUGAAGCCAGGUCAGAAAACAAACCAGGAGAUUUUAAAGAAUGUGGAGUCUUCCAGAAAUGUUCAGCCACAUUUCCUAGAAUUUUUGCUCUCCCUUGGCUGGUCAGUAGAUGUGGGCAAACACCCUGGCUGGACUGGGCAUGUUUCCACCAGUUGGUCUAUUAACAGUUGCGAUGAUGGUGAAGGACCUGCACAAGAUGAAGUGAUUUCCUCUGAAGAUGUUGGGGCUAGCAUUUUCAACGGACAGAAGAAGGUGCUGUAUUAUGCCGAUGCCCUUACAGAAAUAGCUUUUGUGGUUCCUUCUCCUGUGGAGUCCUUAACUGAUUCACUGGAAAGUAACAUCUCAGACCAAGAUAGUGAUUCAAAUAUGGAUCUUAUGCCAGGAAUUCUGAAACAACCAUCCCUGACACUUGAGCUUUUCCCUAAUCACACAGACAAUCUUAAUUCCUCACAGAGGCUCAGUCCCAGCUCCAGAAUGAAGAAGCUGCCUCAGGGUCGCCCUGUGCCUCCCCUUGGACCCGAGACAAGAGUUUCUGUAGUCUGGGUGGAACGCUAUGAUGAUAUAGAAAACUUUCCCCUCUCAGACCUGAUGACAGAAAUCAGUACUGGUGUGGAAACUACUGCAAAUAGUAGCACUUCUCUGAGAUCUACUGCUCUUGAAAAAGAAGUUCCUGUCAUCUUCAUCCACCCUUUAAACACUGGAUUAUUCCGGAUAAAAAUUCAAGGAGCCACUGGAAAAUUUAACAUGGUCAUCCCUCUCGUGGACGGGAUGAUUGUCAGUAGGCGAGCACUCGGUUUUCUGGUAAGGCAGACUGUAAUUAAUAUUUGUAGAAGAAAGAGACUGGAGAGUGACUCCUACAGCCCACCACAUGUCCGCCGGAAACAGAAGAUCACCGACAUUGUCAACAAGUACCGGAACAAACAGUUGGAGCCAGAGUUUUACACUUCACUUUUUCAGGAGGUUGGACUCAAGAACUGCAGUUCUUAGACCACUGUCUGUCUAGGACUAUUGAACUCUAGUUUGGGGCUAUAAUAUCAAAGCAAAGCAAUUUGAUAGGUGAUCACUGUAAAAAUAAAUCACUCCCCAAGAGCUUACUGUAUAAUCACCGGAAUAGAAGAGACACAUUAUAAACCCA